CUUCCUCCUCUCAAUCAACGCGAUUCUUCUCCCCUCAAUUUUCCGAGAUUAAUUUUGUGUUUGUGUGUUUUUCGGGUGGAAUUUUCUUCUCGGAGAAGAUGAAGGCAGUAGGUGUGGCGGCGGCGGAGGGGGAGAGGGAGAUGGAAGCGGGGAAGAAGCGGCUGAAGGAGGGGGAGAUCAAGUCGGUGAACGGAAAAACCGAGGUAUACGACGUCGAUGAAGACGGGGAGGAACCGGAGGAUGUCGUGGAGCUGGAUGACGACGACGAUGACGACGGCAACGUUGAAGGAGACGAUGACGACGACGACGACGACGAUGAGGAAGAUGGUGGCGACGACGAAGACGACGACGAUGUGGAGGAUGUCACCCCCCAUGGGUUUCAGCCCCAAGCGCAGGCGGUGGAUGAGGACGACGAUGAUGAAGAGGAAGAAGAGGAAGGUGCAGAAGGCGGCGGCGAUGGCGACGAUGACGACGACGAAAGCGACGAUGACGACGGCGAGGGCGAGGAAGAAGAGGAAGAGUUAGGGACUGAAUAUCUCGUGCAGCCGGUGGGUCGCCCCGAAGACGAGGAGGAUGCGAGUGACUUCGUUCCAGUGGAUGAAACAGACGAGGAUGAGGACAUUGAUGCCCCAGGCGGCUUUGGCGGCAGUGGUUCUGUGAAGGAUGGAACAUCCUCGAAGAGGAAGAGAUCCGCAAAGGAUGACUCAGAUGAUGGGGACGAGGAUGAAGACGAUGAUGGUGAGGAGAGGCCGCCAAAGCGAUAGCCCACUGUUGACCUACCUCUCUACCAUUUGACAUCGAUUUGAGCUCUUAGGAAACCCAGUGGCAAGCUAUCUGAUAGCCUGGUAAAAGAUGAGAUUUGAUGAGCUUCCAUUGUUUAAGAAGUGUGGAUUUGUUAGGAACUAAGAACAAUAAACUUGCUUUCCUUGUUUCUCAGUGUGUUAUUUCAGUUUAGUUUGACCAUAACUUUUCUAUUGAUGCCUGUGAAUUAUGUUUAUCAUCAAGUCAGUAGAUUGUUGAAAAAUGCACCCUCAAAAAAUACUAUUCUUGUUCAUA